AUGCGGCGUCGAGUGCGGGCUGGGCUACUAAGAGCGACGUUGAGCACCUCAAGACGGUUGGAUCUGGAUGAGAUUUUGGGCAAACGACUGCGUGCGACGGCCAAAGAGCUGUCCGUUGAGGUUCUGCCGGCGCUCAAGGUGUUAUCCGAGAGCCUGGGCCUGCUACGUCAGAGUCCUGCACUCAAGAACUGGAGCGCAUCUGAUUGGCUGGUCGGUCUCUCUGUCUUAGCACAGUACAAGACUCAGCAGCGAGCAGGCGGAAUCCAUAAUGAAGCCCAUAAAAAGCCGCUUGUCAUGGAUCAGGUGCUGCUUUCCAAUCUUCUGCGAUACGUGCGCGUGUGCGACGCCGUGUACGCGUCCUCGAUCGCUUCAUUUUGUGAAGAGGCUGGUGUAUCGCGGGAUAGAGUCCUGCGGGCGCACCCGGGUGGCGUCGUGUCUCCCAGGUGCAUCAUCCUAGCUGAUCACGAGCAUCACGAGCUCCUUCUGGUGGUGCGAGGCACCGCAUCGCUGUUGGAUUUCUGCACGGAUUUAUGUCUACAGAAUGAGUCGUUCCUAGAUGGACAGGGCCAUCGUGGCAUGGUGCACGCGACGACGUGGCUGGUGCGUCAUCUGCGCAGCGACCUGCAGAAGUUGUCGGAAAAGUAUCCGGAUUACAAGCUGGUAGCAACGGGUCACAGUCUUGGAGCGGCAGUCGCAGCUAUGAGCGCCUUGCAGCUAAAGGAGGACUUCCCGGAUAUUCAUUGUUAUGCUUUCGGUACACCGGCGUGCUUGACGCGAGAACUGGCGACGGGCAGUUAUGAUCUUGUCACUUCGGUCGUGAACGGGUAUGACUGUGUGCCCCGACUGCACCAGCACUCGCUUUUGAAGCUGCAGGACGAGAUCAGUCGCUUUGACUGGCGAACGGCGCUGAGACGCAUGGUGUCGGAGGAAAUGCGUAAGCAGAAACUUGCAGUGGAGGCACAGCAGCGUGCGAAGCUAGAGGAAAUCCAGACGGCGAUGAGGAAGAUGGACCACCUACAGUUGAAGCAGCGUACGAGCGAAGCCACCGCCAAGCUCAACGAGAUGAAAAAGGCAUGA